UUGCAACCCCCCUUUGGCCUUGGACCUUGUCACAGCAACUGCUACUUUCUGCCUUGACACCCGCCCGCCCUCUGUUCAAUCCUCGACUUCCCCGUUUGUUUGCCCUUCACCUACCUGAGCAGAACAACGAAGCCUUCCCAUGUUCCAUACCAUGUGAGUAAAGGUCUUGCUGCUGCCCUCCACUCCUAGGGCAAGAAGUAGAGUGGGGGGAAUUGUUCCUUCUCUGUCUCGCCUUGACCAGCGUCUCUUUAAAGGUGCUUCUCAAGUCCUUUGCCGCCCAGUCGACUGAUACCCCUCUCUCUGACGCUGCCUGCGCUUCACUUCCUGCGCAGUUUCCUGGCGACAUCUCGACCUCGUCAACUUCGUUUUCCCAACUCAUCCUCAUUCAUCUCUCAUUGACACCAGCCUGAUGAUACCUCAAAAUGGACUCUCUUCUCGAUGCCGACGAUGAUCCUCGAGACUGGUCAAUCGAUAAAGUUGUCUACGAACUCUGCCAGUGCCCAACCCCACGUUGGCUGCCCAAGCUGGCUCAGUUGAUCCCGGACCGCCAUGGCCUGGAGCAUACUCUCCGGCGAAACGAUGUCGACGGGGACAGCCUCCUGGUUGUCGACAUGCGAAUUCUGAAGGAAGACCUUGGGAUACCGUCUUUUGGUCAGAGACGAGCCAUUAUGAAGGCGGUCGAGUUCUUUCGCGCGAUUUCACCAAGCUACCAGCAGAUGCUCUAUCAAGCAGACAGUAUCGCCAGAAUGCAGUCGGCCACUUAUGCCUCCCCCCAGAUGACCGAAUCUCGAAUUUCGGUAAUUCCACAAUCUCCUGCGCACUAUGGUCUCGGCGUCCAACCGUCAAUCGAGCCUUCACAUCCCUUUCAAUCACCCUCCUUGGCUAGUGCCGCGGGCCAGCAGCGGGUGGCUCCCAAGGAUCUCACCUUGACUUCACCUGGUUUCGCGUUUAACGCUCCGGAUGCCCCGGUGCCAACUGUUCGACCUUCCACUCAUCCUCUCACCAAUGUCCCACAGCCACAACCGAGCUUUACGAUCGCUAGCCCAUUACGAAACGGCGUGGUCGAUGAACCCGCUUCGAAAAUCUGCGAUCAAUCACCACCUCCUCUGUUACAGCAGCCUGCAAGAGAAUAUACCUUUGUCAACGGCAAGAAGAAAAUCGCGCCAACUUUCAUCUCGCAUUUGCCCGAGGCAACUGUGGCAAAGUCGAGUGAUGCCUCCUAUCUCGGCCGAGACGCGCUUCCCCUGCAAGAUGUGUUCUACUACAAAGUUCCAACUGGAUUCAGUGAUGAAUUCUUCUACCGCGUCGCUGCCGAUGAACCAGAUUCAUUCUACAUCUCCGCCGAUCUUCCUACUGGCGAACGCCGGACAAUAGGUCGGCUGAUGAAGUCUUUCCUACGGCAGGGCACGACUGUCCUACGUCAGAGCGGGCUGAGAGUCAAGCUACCAUAUGACAAGAAUAGGGUCAAGCUUCCGUAUUCCGAACAAUACUUUACUUUGUUCCCACGCGGCCACGAUCGGGCAAGGGUGUAUAAGGUAGAAGACUUCCCCGAGCUCAAAGCCCUUCAGGAGAAUCAGUCGCAGGGUUCCAGCAUCGGCUUAUCCGAGAGCACUAAAAGUGUCUCCCAUGAAAUACCAUUGGAGGCAAAAGGCGGUAAUUCAAUUUUGUCAGACCUGGACUACCUCCUGGAUAAGUACCCAGUUGAGAGUUCCGACGGACUUCCUCUUUACGGCGAUUCAGGAGAUGAGAACGAUCUCGAUGAAGACACCUGGAAGGAGAUCGAAGAGGAGAAGGCGGAAGAAGAGGAGUUGCGCCGGAAGCCUACCACUAUGACUCCAGAUGAGGUAGAGGCCGCGAUGAACGAAGCCAUACUUGAAUGGAAGCAGGAAUGGCGCGCCACAAGGUUCUUGGGUGUCCAGAGGAAGGCUUAUCGUCACUGGAUGAACGCAGCCCGAAACAAAAGUCGCCAAGAAGAGAUCCAGUACUUCAAAUACCGCAAGAAUCAGCUUCUGCACAGGUUGGAUAAUAUUAAACGCGAGAUCGCCGGAAAUAUCUGGCGCAAGCCAGCUGAGGUCCAGAGACAAUGCCAAAGUCUUGAACUGACCGUCUAUCAGCAUCAAGAAUACGAAUACUACGGCCAGGUCAUGCUCCAGGACACUCCACCGGAAAGGCCCAACAAAGAUGCACUCAGAGCGAUUCGGACGUCAAAACAACACGAUCUUGAGGAAGGCGAAGAGCUUCUCGAAUCCGAGUCAGAAACAUUCACCGAAGAUGGGCUAUCCUUUGUGGAUGACUCUUCUGACGAAGGCUCCAUUCAUCAUGUCCCUGAAAUUGAAGACUGGAACCCUAUCAUUCCGAGUACAACAAGACAGCCUGCCGCCGAUAUUCGUGAGUCACCACUGCCCGACGUCAAUGCCAACGACGCAGAUGUCGAAACCGAAUCCGAUGAUGUUAUCGUUACAUCAGCUCGGCGAAAGGUAAACCGCAUUAAGACUGAGGUUACUCACACACUGAACACCAAACGUCUCAUAUCACUAAAGCGAAAGCCUCCUAAGCCUCAACAAUCCGCGUCUGAUACUUCAGACCUCGAUGGUUCCCCGCGUCUUCCGAAUUCUAGGUAUCGGAAUAAAGGACGUUCCGUGGUCGCACCUGUUGAUCUAACAUUCAGUUCUCAAUCCGGACCUGAAAGGAGCGCCAACGAUACAUCUACUGACUUUAGUGUUCAUACACCCGAACUUAACCCCACACGAGUAGAGGAUGCAAAGAAGAAGUCGAAGAAGCACAAUCUCGUUGUUAACUCAACGGACUCUGAGUCGGAGAACAUGCCGUCUCAAGAUGACACGAGCUUACCAGGAGUAUAUGAUUUCCAGGGCUUGAGGCGUGUAUCAUGGUCAGAUAUAGACCCCAUCGACAAGCGACGAGCGCUUGCAAAAGCCGUUUACGACCUCGAACCGGACGCGGCUUCCAAACUUGCUCUCUUCCUGGACUCUAUGGAGGAUUCCAGCCAGGUCCAAGAAACGGUCAUUGUCAAUGGGCUCCUUGCUCUAGAUGGUGACGACGCCAUCAUCCCAGGCAUUAAAACCAAGUAUCAGUUGAGCGCUCAGUCCUUGGUUUUGCUUUAUCUAACGUACAUUUUUGGUCAAAAUGCAUUCGAAGAGUUUGAGCUUUCGGAAGCCCACAGAGACCAGGCAUUUGCGGACAAAGAUUCUGCGCUUAUUCCAUUCUACAGUUUGCUGCGGAGGAUCAUCCGGACAUAUUUCAGAAAUCAAACAGGAUUACAAACACAAACAAAGGGCAAGAAAAGAAAGCGAGAUCAAGACUCUUUCUCUAUUCCUGAAACAGAGGACGACGCAGACGAACAAAUGACGGAUAUGAUCUUAACUGAUCCAUUUGAAGAGGCUCAGCCUCCAUCUCAUAAGAAGCGCAAGCGCAAAGUGGAAGAAAGCCAGGAAGCGAAAACACAACAGUACACCGAUAAGGUCAGGAUUCAAGAACAAGAAGAGCGACGCAAGAAUAUGGCCGACAAGCUUGCCCUAAUACAAGCCGAUGGGAGUGCCGUCCGCAUUGUCAACACGGAAGAGCCGCCUGUUGAGCUUCACCGGCAUAUUGCUCAACGUGUCAAGCCUCAUCAACUCAGUGGUAUCCAAUUCAUGUGGCGUGAGAUUGUCGAAGAUCCCAGACAUCAAGGUUGUAUUCUGGCGCACACCAUGGGUCUCGGCAAGACUAUGCAAGUGAUCUCUCUCUUGGUGACAAUUUCUCUUUGCAAUCAGAGCAGUGAUCAGAGUAUCAGAGACCACAUCCCAGACCAUCUUCGAACGAGCAAGACUCUUAUACUCAGCCCAGCUUCUCUACUCAACAAUUGGGAAGACGAACUCCUGAUGUGGACUCCAGUUCCUGCUGUUCUAGGGGAUAUUUACAAGGCCGACUCACUCAAGAAACAAGACAAUAUUCAUGCCAUCAGAGCCUGGUCGAAGCAGGGCGGUGUGCUUCUUAUAGGGUACGAACGGUUCAGACAAUCAAUCACCAACAGCAUCAACGCCAAAGCAAAAGGACCUGUUCCGGUCGACCUUGAAAAGAUUCUGUUGGAAGAGCCUACCCUUGUCAUUGCAGAUGAAGCUCACAGCCUGAAAAAUGCAAAGUCAAAAAUCAGCCAGAUUGCCAAACGCUUGAAGACAACGAGCAGAAUUGCACUAUCAGGUUCACCUCUCAACAACCAUCUCGAAGAAUACCACACUAUGGUUGACUGGAUCGCUCCGGGCUAUCUGGGAGACAUGGUCCAAUUUCGCUCCAAAUAUUCGGAACCCAUUAUGGAAGGACUUUAUUCUGAUAGCUCCGCUUACGAGAAGCGGCUAUCCCUUCGGAAGUUGCAUGUGCUCAAAAAAGACCUUGAUCCCAAAAUCAAUCGAGCUGACAUCAGCGCCAUCGAGAAAGACAUGCCUUCGAAGACCGAAUACUUCAUCACAAUUCCCCUCACGGACCUACAGAAACAAGCAUACGACAUCUAUGUUGGCCACAUGUUGCAGUCAUUCAAGCUGAUGGUUGGCACUGUGAAAGGUCGCAAUGCCAGAAUCUGGGACUGGCUUGCAAUGCUCUCGUGGCUCUGUCACCAUCCUGCUGGAUUCGUGGCCAAAAUGAAGGAGCGUGAGAAAAAGUCGAACGAGGACCAGCUGAUGCGCAACCAAGCCAACGACGCUAGCGAACCGAGCGACAGCACCGACGAGACCUCGCCACUGGUUGAAGUCAAAGAGAACGUUGCUCCUGAUGUUACGGGUCCCCUGAGGGUGGCAAUGCGACAAGCAUUGCAGAUUCUCCCAGAUGCGAGCGAUCGGAAGGCGUUCUACGAUCCAGCUCUGUCUUACCGCACGCUAGCUGUGAAGCGCAUCCUGGAGAAGGCGAUCGAAGCUGGAGACAAAACUUUGAUCUUUAGCCACAGCAUCCCAACGUUGAAUUACUUGGAACAAAUGUUGAAAGGCAUGAAGGCAUCCUUCUGUCGGAUUGAUGGGGAAACAAAAGUCUCGGACCGGCAAGCCUUCACCAAAGAAUUCAACCAGAGGGACGACUUCCAGGUUUUCUUGAUCUCCAUGCGCGCUGGAGGCCUGGGACUGAAUCUGCAGGGCGCAAACCGAGUGAUCAUCUUCGAUUUCAGCUUCAAUCCGACUUGGGAACAGCAAGCCAUCGGACGGGCAUACCGGCUGAAUCAAAAGAGACCAGUUUUUGUUUACCGUUUCCAAGCAGGAGGGACAUUUGAAGACAAGCUCUUCAAUACCUCUGUCUUCAAGACUCAGCUCUUCGGUCGUGUCGUCGACAAGAAGAACCCAAGACGACAUGCUAGCAAGGCGGCGCAUACAGAAUACCUGUUCCCAGUCAGGGACAUUCCGCAAGUCGACUUUGGCGAGUCCCUCGGAAGAGAUCCGAAAGUUCUUGAUGCCAUCAUCCAUGAACUGGAUUUCGUUCGCAGCAUCGUCUUGACUGAGACUUUCCAGAAAGAAGACGAUGAGCAAUUGAACGACGAGGAUCAGAAGGUGGCAGAAGAGGAGUACAACGAUCAGCGUUUGCAGCGGGAAGACCCUGUUGCAUGGCAAGCGAAGCAGGAUGCUCUCCUUGCGGAACAGCAGAUACAGCAACCACGCUUUCUGAACAGUGAUCCAAUGGCCUCAUCGAAUCCGGCAGUCAUUUCUACUGCACCCACGCUCAGACAGAAAACUGGCACCAUUGCAAAUAAAUCAAGAUUUUCUCGGUCCAAUGCUGUGGCAUUCCCCUUUGGGAGGGCACAUCUAGAUGCUCCGCAGAGACCUCAGCCGGUUCAAAUGGCUUUUCACACGCCUGGAUCCUACGACGAUACUUUCCAAGCCUUCGCCCAAGAAAGGGAUCAUCCUCGUCGUGCUGCGAGCACGGAGCCUGAUGUUCCAAUGACAUAAGCCACUAGAGGGCAACGAUGCACGUCAAGGGCAGAGUGGAUUGCUCUGAUUUGGAAAUAAGAAGACACGGGUUUGAGAUCGCCAUUCUCAAGUGAGCUGGACGCACAUUUGAUUCCGUUCCUUUGCCUCACAGGCAAAUGUGCAUUUAUUUCAUGAUUAGCAGAGAUACCCCGGGAGAACGAUCAUUAUGCAGGUACGGUUAUGGGUACGCGGCUUCAUGAAGGACUCUGGGAGGCACGGGUUGGCGAUGGCGCUGGGAAAAGUGCUUUUUGGAUGUGGAUUUUUCUUCAUGCUUGCGAUGAAUGUACAGUAACAGAAGGACAGAGAGUCUCUUCCGGGACAGAUAUGCAGAGAACCUCGUGGAUGGUGAGCUUUUGGAGCCACCUUCUGCCCCUUG